AUGGGUGGCUGUAUGCACAGUACCUAGCACAAAGCCCUCCACUUAGAAGGGGAUCCCAAUCCUUGUGCAGCCCCAACAUCCACCUGAGCACCUCGGAAAAUGCCCAAAAGCAUUUCAAUAUCCAAACAACUGGCUUCAGUGAAAGCUCUGAGGAAGUGCUCAGAUCUGGAAAAAGCCAUUGCCACCACUGCUCUGAUUUUCAGAAAUUCUUCUGACACUGAUGGUAAACUUGAAAAAGCUACUGCCAAAGAUCUGCUGCAAACCCAAUUUGGGAAUUUCACAGAGCUCCCCUUCACUUUCUACUGUGAGUGGAAGCCGUCUGAGAUCCUCACCAGAUGCUGAUGCCUCAACUUGAACUUUCCAGCCAUCAGAAUCGGACAAGAAACCAAGCCAAAAUACAGAGAGAUCCUUUCUGAACUUGAUGAGCACACAGAAAAUAAGCUAGAUUUUGAAGACUUCAUGAUCUUGCUGUUAAGCAUCACUGUCAUGUCAGAUCUGCUACAAAAUAUAUGGAGUGUAAAAAUUAUGAAAUAAACAGUCUCAAUAUGAUAUGUAAAAUAAUGGCAAAAGACAAUAAAGUAUUUCCAUCUUAUUUUUGAUUAAUUAAAUAUAUCAAUCAUGCAACUGGAAUUGCCUAGGAUAGUUCUGAUUGCUGGUACUCAGAUCCAAUGUAACUCCAAAAAUUUACCCAUACACUUCAGGAAUGUUUGAGUGAUAAGGUCUCUGUGUGCUUUACAAUAUGAUAAAUUUGAUACCACUGAAUAAUACAUUGCUUUUGCUGAGUCAAAGGUGACCUAGAGCACUCUACUUAUAGUCAUUGAGUCACUCAUUCAUUCACUAAACAUUUGUUGAGCAUCUACUUGAUGGGACUGCUGAGGAUACAGUAAUGAAUUGGGCAGACAAUUCCCUCCUUCAGACAUGCUGGCAGAAGUCCAGCAGAAGAGAUGGACAUUGAACAAUUUUUAAUUAAUUGCAUACACAGUAUAAUUAGAAUUGAAAUAAGGGCUAUAGGAUGCUAAAAGAGAUUAUCACCUGAUGUGAGUUCAAAGGUCAGAGAAGCUUUACUGACGUUCUAUAA